GCAUGUAGCAGAUGCUAACUAGCGAACAUGUCCGUCAGAUAGUUCGUGGGAAGUUCGGAAAAGGACGCAGAGUUUCCGCACUUCCGGUCCGCGAGUCUCUCCGAGGAUGUUUUCUUCCGCCUGGAAUUUUAUCAAACGUCACAAAAAGAAAUUCCUGUUCACCGGAGCUGUGGCUGGAGGGGUCUACCUCCUGGGUAAAUAUGCCCAGAAGAAGAUCAUGGCGCUCCAGGAGAAGGAGGCGAUGGACUACAUCGCUCAGGCCAGGAGACAGUUCCACUUCGAGAGCAACCAGAGGACGUGCAACAUGACGGUGCUGUCCAUGCUCCCUCCACUGAAAGAAGCCAUCGUCAUUCAACUCAACUCAGAAAGUCUCACUUCACUACUCAAGACCAAACCAGCCAACAAACUGGAGAUCUGGGAAGAUUUAAAGAUCAUCAGCUUCACUCGCACCGUGGUGGCCGUGUACAGCACCUGCAUGCUGGUGGUUCUCCUGAGGGUCCAGCUGAACAUCAUCGGUGGAUAUCUGUACCUGGACAACUCGGUGGGGAAGAACGGAACGACUCCACUCGCUCCUCCAGACAUCCAGCAGCAGUACCUGUCCAGUAUCCAGCAUCUGCUGGGAGACGGUUUGUCAGAGUUGAUGACCCUGGUGAAGAAGGUGGUGCAGAACUCACUGGGGGGCAUGUCUCUGAAGCACAGCAUGUCUCUGCUGGAGCUGGAGCAGCAGCUGAGCUGGAUCCGGGCGGAGGUGGAGUCCGGCUCGGAGCGCUCUCUGUCCUGGUACAUGCUCUCUGACGACGAGGACACGCUGGAGGACCAGGCGUGCGGACUGACGGAGAACGACCUGAUGACCAUCAGACUGCUGAACGAGACCAGAGACAUGCUGGACAGUCCGGACUUCACCACCGUCCUGAACGCGUGUCUGAACCGGGGAUUCUCUCGUCUCCUCGACAACCUGGCGGAGUUCUUCCGCCCGCCGCCCGGCGACUGCUCCUCCAGCGCCGCUUCUGAUAGUCUGGCUGCAGUCAGUCUGCCGCUGGCGAAGAUCAUCCCCAUCGUUAACGGUCAGAUCAACACCAUCUGCAGUGAGACUCCCAGUCACUUUGUCCAGGAGCUGCUGCUCAACGACCAGGUGAAGGAGUUCGCCGCCAACGUCUACGACGCCUUCAGCACUCAGGAGGAGCUGCAGAAAUAACACCACGGACCAAUCAGCAGGAGGAGGAGGAGGAGGAGGAGGAGAGUGUGGUCAGAAUCAGAGACAGAAGAUGAAGAUGAGUCGAGGACUCUUUGCCCCCCCCCCCUCCUCUCUGUGAGACGGUUUCCUCCUCGCCAUCGCUCCAACAUCUGGCUCUGUUGGAGCGUCUGCUCUGGGAACCAUUCGGAUCAUUGAACUGGUGGAGGAGGAGGAGCCUGCGCCAGUGGUGAUCAACCCCUGGAUAAAGCAAUGCAUCUUGGGAAUUUAAGAGUCUUGAAUAACCAGGUAGUGUCCUGUUCUAAUCGACCCCGAGCGGCGGGAAGGAAGAGGCGGUUCGGUGAAGAGCCGAACGCCACGUGUUCCAAACAAGUCGUCACGGGACAACUUCGGUUCAAUUUGUUAAUCACAGGUUUUAGAUGAUUUCCUCUUUUUGUUCCAUCAGCUGUGAUUUCUCGUCUCCGGCGGUUCGCUGUGUGUUCAGAUCUGAAGGGUUUGGAAUGUGUUGGGUUAUUUUAAAUUUUCAUAAGGUGUUAAAGGGAUGUGGUGAUAUUCAGGCUUUUUAAAUUUGACUUUUUACUUUGAUUAUUUUUGUCACGGUGUUUAAAGAAAUCUGCUGCAGCUCCGUCCUUGUUUAGCAGAUUUUACAACUUGUAAACACACAAUUAUCACUUUGAAGUGUCAGUUAUUCAAUUCAAAUUUAAUAUGUCGUAAAGUUAACAUGAUUAAACACUAAAUAUGUGAACAGAGCCCGGGGGUGCACGACCCUCAGUGACUCUCAGCUCUGUUUGCAUCUUUGCACUCCAGUCACCUCUUCUGCUGCGGAGUUAAUAAAAAAUAUGCACAAAAGAAGAUAUACAAUAACAUGAUUUUAAAAAAUCCCAUGUUUCUGUAGUUUGGCCAGCAGGUGUCACUCUUCCUCUGCUACUGUGAAAACUCAUCCUGUCAAUUCAUAGAAAGAAAUUCAUUAUAUUUAAAAAAUUAAAUAAUCAAAUUAACUUAAAUUAAAAUGUUUAUGUGGUUCUAUUCUCAACAGUAUUGUUUUACCCUCCUGGUUUUAUCCCUAAAACUGUAACAACUCAUUUUGCAUUAUUAUUAUUAUUAUUAAUAUAAUUAUUAUAGUGAAACCCCCAGUCUCCUCUUUUCACUAAGUGACUCGGCUUCACGUCAGGAACUCGUUCAUCCUCAGUUCUGUUUUGCAGCUUUAACGACAAAACUACUGUUUGUGAAAAUCCUCCGAUAAACAAACCUUCAUCCUCGUGGAGCAGGAAGCAGUUUGAAAGAAAAUAACUGAUUGUAGGAGCCUGGUGGGAUUUUAAGGGACUUCCCCCCCCCCCUCUCGGUCUCCGUAUGUGUGAACGCUAGUUUGGUGUUAACAGAUUUUCACGUCAACCCGUCAGAUCUCAGCUUCCUUCUCAGGGGACGAGAAAAAAACACCCGGCGACGGUUCAGCUCACUUACUUCCUGGUUCCGGGGUUAGUUAACAAACCCGUGAGAAUGUAAAACGGUGUCGGUCGUCAUCGGUGACGUGUGAACGACAUCGGAAAUGUAUGUUUGUAGAAAAUGAUUAAAGAAAUAAAUAAAUCAACUUAAAGUGUGA